UUUCUUUCCAUAUACCCCGUGAUAGCCAAAACAACAUAACAAAGUGGGGGAAACAUGGCGAGCGGAGAGGAGGCCAGAAGACGCCCCUCGGUUACCUCCUCUUCGGUCGGGCUAGAGUCUCUAUUCCCCGCGGGGACUUCGGAGCAGGUCUGCGGGGACGUAAACCCGGAGCUCGUCCGCCUGCGGGAGCGUCUCCAGGGCUGGCUAUCUGAGUAUGAGCUGCUGCUGCUGUGGGUGCAGAGGCUGCUGGUGUGGGAGAGGCCGCUCUACAGCAUCUCUGUCGCUCUGACACUCAACACAUUAUUCUGGUAACCAAUCAUUUCCUCCUUUAAUCGCCUUUUCUGGCAGCUCCGUAACGAUUAAUUCAUAUUAUUAGCUAACUGGAUAACAUGCGCGAGGAGAUUGCGCGUGAAUGUCAAGAUAAGUUAGCUAAUCCCACGUCUUUAGCUGAAAGCUAACGACGCUUACAGCACUUCAACCUUAAUUUUCAGCUCGGAAAAUAAGACGCCCGGCACAAGCACAGUCCGGAAAAUAUCUAAACCCUUUGUAAAACUUGCAACCUUUGUUAUUUUGAGUUGUUAGACUCGCUGUUCGUCGUUCGAGUUAAUUCUAUUAUAGACUCGUGUCAUGCUUCUUAGCAGCCCAGGCCUUAUAAACCUGCAGUAACUAUCCGAGGUGCAAUGUAAAUGACAGACUUGUAUGUGUGUGGAUUUAAUACAAGCUGAAUGGUAACUUGAAUCUUGUUUUGGGAUGUCCGUACCAGCUUUGUCAUCCCAAAUGAGCAGCUGCAAAUAUAGAUUUGAUAUUUAAAUAUGCCCUGCACUAUGUUAUGAGCAUGUGUUAACUGAAAUAACUAAAGAAAUGAAAUAGAAAAGGGGGGCAGGAAGCAGGAUAGUAAGUAUAAAUGAGGGUAUUAAUAAUGAUAAUAAAAUGAUAAUGAUGGUAAUAUUAAUGAUAGAAUGGAAAAAUGAGCAGGAAAAACAUUAAAAGAAAAGAUUACAAGUAAAACAAAGGCUAAAAGGAUAGUAAGUCGAAACAAGAUAGCGGUAAAAGAGAUAAAAGACAAAAGACGGCAUCACAUAAAAGCAAGUCUGUAAAAGUGAGUUUUCAAUUUCGACUUAAAAGAAGUGACUGUCUCUGCUGUGCACCGUAUCUCCUCUAGCAGGUCGUUCCAGAGUGGAGGAGCUCUGAUGGAGAAAGAUCUAUCUCCUUUAGUUUUGAGCCUCAACUUUGGAACGACCAGGAGACCUUCGCCAGAUAGAUAUAAAUCUAAUUGUAAAAACCUGAAUUCUUUGUAUAGGUAUGGGCUGAUUGCCUUAAUCAUGAAUUCAGCAACCAAAGUUCAUUGUUUUGUUCAAGCCUUUUCCCUUGUUGCUUUUGUAAAUAUUUAAAUAUUCAAUAAAACCCACCUCUACUGCUACCAUCUGGAGUCAUAAUCAGAUUUGUAUUCCAUUUAUUGACGUGAGUUUUGCGUUGUCAAGGUUAGGAAUUUUCCACGCCGCUUUGCCAUGCCGUAACAGUAACCCACAUGUUUCCACAGGCUCCUGUCAUCCACCUCUCUGCGGCCCCUCUUCCUGCUGAGCGUCUCCCUCAUGGGGCUCAUGCUCCUGGAGAGGUGGAAGCCCAAGUUGCCCAUCAUUACCGGUAAGCUCAACCUUUUUCUUUGUGUGUGUGAUUUGAAUGUGGUCCUCGGACUUUGUCACUCAUUGCCCAAACAAAUGUUCACUGUUGCCAGGGAAUUAAAAUCUUUAUUUGUGGAACAGAGGAGCUUUGCUGGUUACAAGUGUGUUAAUGUUUACACUGAGUGGGCCUAUCUGCAUUAGGGAAAUUCUGGCAUUUUUAAAACCUGGAUCCCAUUUCGAUACCCUCGCUGGUCCAAAUGUUUAAUAAGUAUGAAGAUUUUUGGAAUUCCUGCAGCUUUCUGCCGCAGCUCGACGGGCUUUAACAGGCGCAACAUAAUCUCAUGGGGCAAAUUCUACAGGUCACAGUACAUCCACAUACAGGGGGUUGUUUUUACCGCUUACAGACUCAUAUGGAAUAAAAGCAUUGCAGAAAUACAGCUUCUUUCUUCUCUUGCUCAUGUAAAUUGCUCCUGUCAGACGAGUCCUUUCAGAGCUGCCAGACUCCUGUUACAAAAACAGUAAUUUUACCUCCCAGGAACCAGAAGUUGUUGUCAAACUGCUGCUGCUGCUGCCUGGACUGGUUCGUUUGCCAGUGUUUUUGUGUUGUAGAGGAUCUAAGUUUACAUGGAUUAAAAAGGGUAAAUCUCACAAUAACACAAACUUGUCGUGGGGCGCUGCCAUGGACCAAUAAUCCUGUAUCCUGUAAAAAAACAAAAAAAAAAAAAAACUCAACUUUAUUUGUACAGCACUUUAAAACAACCACAGCUGAACAAAGUGCUGUACAUAAAUAGACAAAACAACGCAGACGUAAAAAACAAUUCAAACAAUGGAUAAAAUAAAAUCAGAAUUCAAAAGUAAAAUAUAGUUUCAAUGUUUUUAAAAACUAAUUAGAAACAAAUAACUAAAAACAAACCAUAAAACAGUAAAACAGGAGCCGAGUCUCAUGCAGGGUAAAAGCCAAUGAAUAAAAAUGGGUUUCAAGAGGAGUUUUAAAAAAACAAAAGACAGUUUCUUUGAAAGGAGUUUGAAAUGAAAGAGUUUGUGUCAAAAGUAACCUUGAACAACAAUCUGGGUCUGAAAAAAGCACUUUAUGUUCUUUAAUAAAGUAGACUUCCCCUGUGUUGUUUUUUUGCCUCUGGUUGCGGCCAUAAAAAAAAACGAAAAAUAUUUGUUUCAUUAAAAUUUUACCAUGAGGAACUUUUGAACUUCUACUUAUCUACUUGAAAGACGUAUGAAAGAAAAACAGAAUAUAUCUGGGAAUCAUGUGUUGGUCAGUUAUUCCCUGCACAUUACAAUUGAACAUAAACAUAGUUAUUUCAGCUGGUAAUAUGUGAUAGGUGGAUUUUUGUAUUAAUUGAUAAAAAAGACAAAUACAUUGGGUUAUGUCAGGGGCAGUAUUUACGUGUGUCAUUCUCUACAUCAGUGGUUCUCAAGUCCAGUCCUCGAGGCCCACUGUCCUGCAUGUUUUGGGUGUUUCCCUGCUCCAACACACCUGAUUCAAAUGAUCAGCUCGUUAGCAAGCUCUGGAAUGGAUUACUAACGAGCUGAUCAUUUGAAUCAGGUGUGUUGGAGCAGGGAAACAUCCAAAACAUGCAGGACAGUGGGCCUCGACGACUGGACUUGAGAACUACUGCUCUACAUAAUAGCAGUAUUUAUACCAAACACUCCCCAGAGACUGAUUUAGUUUUAAUGUGCCACUAUUUAGAUUGGGGAAAAUAUGAAUUUUUCAUAAAGAAAAGUGAUGCUGGUUUUGUGGAGGCCGAGACCACGCCGAUUAUGUCGUGCAAGUGUUUUUCCUUAGGGUGGGAGCAGGAAGCAGGAAGACACUGUAGCAGAGCAGCCCGACUUUUGUACAAACUAGCAUGUGGUUUAAGAAAUAACACACUUAUUCAGGACUUUAAUCACACCAGGAUUAAUGUUGCAGUUCUCCUUGAAGAUUAAAAAGGUUUGAAAAGUACUUUAAUUCUCCUUUUAAGACCCAUUUUAAAGUUUUCAGCCUGCACUUGUACCACUCAGGUAAACAGUCAUAAAACUCUUGGGGUUGUUUAUUUGUUGUAAAACAUGUGAUAAAGACACUGUAUCAUAUAAUCUUGAAAAACCGUUCAUUAAACGUGUUUACCGAAACAUGUUUUUAUUCUAAUCUGCUGCUAAUUGUGUGUUUCCCUCCUGUGCAGUCCAACAUGCUGAGGCUCUCCCUGAACAAAGGUGCGUACUGUUUACAUCACACACAAAUUACUUGUAUUACAGUUUUCUGCUCCACUUCUUAAUAUCAUGUUGUAAUUCAAAAUAGGAUCAUCUGUUUAACAGGGUGUAAUUGUUUGCCUUAAUGUUGAUGAAAUAGUCCUCACAUGUUACACCAUAUCAUCAGAGCUAAUGCCAGUCGAGUUUGUGUGUCAUUACACGAUCUUGAAAUCCCACUCUACCUCUCCGCAGAUGAUUGAAGUGCAGCCUGAAGCGCUUUAAGUACAGAUUGGAGGGUUUAUUUUGUCACAUUUUGUCUCUGCCUGUGUUCUUGCGCACGUGCAGAGAAACCAUGGGCGAGGAGCAGCGUCUGCUCAGUGUUCCUGAGCUCAGUCACCACCUGGCCGAGAGUUACCUGACCUGCUGUCUGUACCUGCAGGAGAUGCUGCAGUAUAAGAGGCAGAACCACGGCAAGGUAGGACAGACGCCGGAAUCAGAUAUGACGUCUUAUAUUCAAGAAACGUCCACAAAGUUUGAGUUUGUGGUUAAACAGCUGAAUGGUUGUUCUGAGAAAACAAAUACACUCAUAUGAGAACAAACCAAACAAACACAUUUAACUGUAGUAUGUGGCUAUAAUAAAAUACUCCUAAUGACAGUCAAUAAUUGCAUAUUAAGCAUAUGGCCACUAUCCCAUGAAAAGGAAUUACUACCCUGAAGAUGAUCAGUUGGAGUGUUGUUCUUGUGGUCCCCUCUAAAGAUAAACUAACAUUAUCAAUUGCUGUGGAAAUGUUUACAUUGUUGUGAUAUGUGUAUAAUAUAAACAUUUGUAUCUUUGACACAUUUUUGCACAUUAAAAUUCCUACUUUAGCAUCAUCCAGGAAGUAUCCGUGUCAGAUUACACACAUGCAGUGCGCUGCAAAGAUUGUAAAUGCAGAGACAGAAGUCUGACGGUUUCAGAAAAGACUGUCACACUCGCUGCAGUGCUUACUGAUUCGUAUCAUUUCAAACAAAGUAAAAAUGUUUGGUAACACAUUACUUGACACCUAUCUCUGUAAUGCAUUAUAAAUAUAUGUAUAAUGCAUUAUAAUCAUGUUAUAGCACUGUAUAAGUGUAGUUAUAAACACUCAUAAAUGAUCAUAAUGCUUUAUAGCAGUGGUUCUCAAGUCCAGUCCUCAAGCCCCCCCUGUCCUGCAUGUUUUGGAUGUUUCCCUGCUCCAACACACCUGAUUCAAAUGAUCAGCUCGUUAGUAAGCCAUUCCAGAGCUUGAUAACGAGCUGAUCAUUUGAAUCAGGUGUGGACUGGACUUGAGAACCACUGCUAUAACCCAUUAUAAAUAUAUUUAAAAUGCGUUAUAGAGAUAGGCGUCAAAGAAAAUGUCAUCUAAUGUGUUAUUUUUUUUUUAUUUUUUUUUAUCUUGAGAUAGUGUUUAAAUGUUUAUUUCUGUCAAACAUGAACCAUGCAGAAUAAAACUGUGAUUUCAGUGAGAGGAGAUAAAACUCGUCUAUGACUGCAGAUUCGGCCUGCAAUAGAACUAAAUGCUUCUGUAGACAUUAGAGUUCUUACUUUUGCUAUAUCACCCACCCUCUCCUGUACCUCCAGUUUCUUUCUGUUUGAGGUUUUAGAAGGUAACCUAAAUUCAGUACUGAACAAACAAGCUUAUCAAGGUCAAAGCUGAGCUGGAGUUCUACUGGAAACUCUUGUGCAACGCAAGUCAAGAUUACAGAAUCUGUUCAUGGAGUUUGGUCUCUCUGAAGGCAGCAAUAAAGCACCCAAUUCUCAAGGAUAAUACACUGAAAUCAAGUUAUUUUCUCUCCUGAUGCUUUGAUAUCACUGUCGGGCAGUUUUAACAACAACCCGAGUUUGAUCAAGAGCACAGAACGAGUAAAAAAUAGAUCCUAGGUUUAAAAACAAACAUUAGAGCUCCUUUCAUGCAGCAGAGUGCAAAGCAGAUACACGCAAACACUGGCUAUAAAAGCCAACAUCGCAAACAAUAUGUCUGAAUGAAGAAUAAUAGAUGCUUGUUUACUCGACCAGCUGAUACAAUCUGCAGAGGACAAAGUAAACCGUCUGUCCUCUGCAGCUGCUGCAGCUCUUCUCUCACACACCUGCACAGACGACACCUUUUCACUUCCUCUUAUCCCGGUUUUAUCGCCUAAAACCUCUUAUUUCUGCUUCUUCCUCCCAGUUCUGUGUGAUGAUGUGCAGCGGCUGUUUUGUUCUCGCCGUGGUGGGACACUAUGUACCGGGAAUCAUGAUCUCCUAUAUCAUAGGUGAGUCACCUGUGGCCUAAUUUACAUGAACACAACGUUGAGCAGCUGUGGAGUAGUGUGCAUGUCAUGACAAACAGAGGGUGUGUCAUACGAGGUAAGAAUAGCAGUCAGAGCAGUAAUUGUAUUUUUUGCGGUUUCGCGUUCUUGGUUGAUGAAUUUACUUAACAUGUCAGUGCCGGUAAAUGUCUGAUUUGCUGACAAAUUACAUUUCAUUACAUUUAGAGCGUUUCCUCUUUGAGUUUUAUAUACGAUUAUUGAUUCUUCUUUGUGUCUGUUUAGCGCUGAGUGUCCUGCUGUGGCCUCUUGUGGUGUAUCAUGAACUGAUCCAGCGGAUGUACACGGGUCUGGAGCCGAUCCUGAUGAAACUGGACUACAGCAUGAAAGGAGAUACUGAACACCGCAAGCACGAUAAGAGGAGUGAGUGCUCCUGUGACGGAUUUAAGACUAAGGAUUGUGGCGUAACAAGCGCACAAGCAUCGAGUUUUACCUUUCAGUCUGUUGUUUAGUUAAAAAAGAGAAAGAUCGUCCUUUUAUUCUCAUUAUUUGACACCCACCUCACCUUCGAAGUUUAUGAACCUAGCACUGAUCCUCAUACUGUUGCAUAAUGUAAAGCUUUGGCAUAAAAAGUGAAGUGUUCUCUCUGUCAGUUAGCUCUCCGGGGCAUUUUUUACCGUUGCGACUUUGAUUAAUCCUUCACACGCAUGUUCUGCUCCGAGGUGUCUGUUUUUUUCAAGUGUGUUUUUGUGUGAUUGAUCGAACAGAGGUGAAGAAGGAGCUGGAGGAGGGGGACGAGCCCAGAGCUGAAACGGAGAGCGAGAGCGAGGAGGAGCUGUCCUGUUUCGCCCCGACGGUACGGACACGAACCCAAAUAUUUAACCCUAAAACAAAGACGCUUUAGUCUGUGUGAAGUGAGGCUGAUUCUGCUCUGAUUAUUGAGCUGGAAAACUGACUUUGAAGCUCAAUUUGAGGAAGUUUGCCAUGCGGCGUACAGAGGGACAUGAGCCUGUUUUAGUCCAAUCUGCUGCUUUUGCCUGGAUUCGAAAUUUUGAUCCGUCACAACAGCUACCUUAAAUUCAGAGCUUUUUUCUUCAUCGUUCCUGCAGACAGCAGUUAAUCCACCAGGCCGCUUGAUCCACAAGAGUCAGACAUAACAUUAUGACCACCUUUACAAUCUAACACAACAGCUCUAUGUUUGUAAAACUACAUUUUCAGUUUGGGUCGAAAAAUCAAUGAUUCAACCUUAUCAUCAUACCCCACACCUUUUGCAGUCUGAGGUACGAAAUCAGAACCUAGGUCCAUUUUCAAGCCCAAAAUACAAUACAGUACAAGACAAGACAAUACAAGACAAGACAAGACAAUACAAUGCAAUACAAGAGCAAUCAUAAAACCAUAAGAGUAAAAUACAUACACAAGGGCAAAAUGUAAACAAAAAUCAGGGAGGUAACUUUCAUUCUUUAAAGCUUGUAUGAGGAACUUUCAAGCUGUAGUCUUUGCUUAUCUUGUCCCCUCCAAUUCCAAGAUGUAUCCUCUGACAAAAACAUCUGAUCUGUCUGACUUUUGUCAGUCAAAUAUAUAAAUUUAUUGUGAAUAUUUAACACGGGAACCAUAAAAAUAAAGAUUCAUCUCUUAUACUGAUCUCAGGCACUCAGAUCAUGACAUAGCAAUCCGCAGUCCUGUUCCUGAAGCUCUCGUUUGCGUUUGCAUUUCAUAAAUAGUUAAUUGUUAUCAUGCGUAUGUCAUUGGCUACAGUAAAGCCUUAUUAAGGAUGUUGGUUUUUUUCAGUGUUGCUGUUUCAGUGUUCGUUUCCAUCUAUGGUCGACCUGGUCCAUCUGUUUCUGAGUUUUGUCGUGUAUAUUAGAUAUACCAUGAGGGUAAAGUGUCUAUAGAGGACCAUCUGUUUCAAUUUAUCACACAGUGGAGCACAUGGUGUCACACAACUUAAAGCUCAACAAGGAAUAGAAAGGAAAGAUUCAUGUCUUUGCUUCGAGCAGCACAUUUUUUAUCUCUCUGACGUUAAAGACGAUAAAGUGAAUUCAAUUUCCUAGAAAAGCUAAUGUACAUAAUUUUCCAGCUGUGAAUAAUCAUAGCGUGAAAACUUCCAUGUGGAGCAGGAUUUGUGUAGAGCGUAACUCAGCCUCAGGUCUGUAAAUGUGAGGAUGAACUAGCUCAGUGGUUCUGACACCUGAUUCAAAUGAUCAGCUCGUUAUCAAGCUCUGGAAUGGCUUACUAACGAGCUAAUCAUUUGAAUCUGGUGUGUUGGAGCAGGGAAACAUCCAAAACAUGCAGGACAGUGGACUUGAGAACCAGUGUACUAGCUUAUUAUUUUGUGACUGAAAAGGGUUCAAGUCUCUGCAGGGUAGUGAGGUAAAGGCCUUUAGAAAAAUACGUCAAGAACGACCGCAUUCCUCACAAGUUACUGUAGGACAAAAAACACAACCUGACAACAAUGAUUUAAAGUUAGCUCUUCUUUUAGUGGGUUGAAAAUGUCCACGCUGUGAUUUGAAGGACCAACUCUGCCUAAAAAAAAAAAGUCCUGCUGGAGUUUAACUUUGUGGUUUUAUCGUUCAGGUGGAUGUGAAGACCACAGCUCUGGCCAUGGCGAUCACAGACUCAGAGCUGUCCGAUGAAGAGGCGUCGAUCUUGGAGAGCGGAGGGUUCUCGGUGUCAAGAGCGACCACUCCUCAACUCACCGACGUCUCUGAAGGUAAAUCUCUCAGUUCAGGAUUACAUAUAAGUUUCUUAAUGCUUAAAGUAUCAAUUGCACAACACUUGAACAUUUUGGGAGUGAGGAGACCAGAUUGCUGAUGAAACUAAAAAACGAUUUUAGUCCUGUUUACAUCCUGUUUACACAAAAAAUAUUUCAGACUCUCUCCUAAUUGAUUUUUUUUACCACGUGACGAUGCCACUGUGGUGUGUUUCAUGUCCUCUUUAAAGGUUGAAACUGAGGGAUCUAUUUCUCUUCUUUGAUUUCUGUCUUUUCUUUGAGUUAGAUCUGGAUCAGCAGAGUCUACACAGCGACCCUGAGGAGUCCUACCUGCGGGAUCUCCCCGAGUUCCCCUCAGUCGAGGAGUUCCCGUCCAUGGAGCACAACCUGCUGCACUUUCCUCUGCGCGGCCCCGGUCAGGCUGACGGAGCCCAUGCCGGAGCUCCACCAGAGGGGGAACCCUUGAGCCCCGCCAGCCUCCUCAUCCAGCACCUCGCGUCUCCUCUACAUUUUGUGAACACACACUUCAACGGACACGGGCGACCACCGGGGGGCGAGGAGGGCGUGUCGCCUGUGGCGGGCGCGGCGGGGACUGAAGCUGUGAGCCAGGGCGGGGCGGAGAAGGAGGCAGCAGUUACCCAGGAUGCACAGCUGUCUUUGGAGGCUUUGAGCGAGGAGAUAGUGAGCACGGCCAUCUCCACCGUGGUGCAGAACACUCUGUCGGCCCUGCUGCGCUCUUCAGAGGCCAGCGAGGAGCCGUCCAUCGCUGAGUUCCUCCCUACUGAAACACCACCCAGCGCUUUGGAGACCUCCACCCCGCCCGCCGAUACCCCCGCUCACACUACAGUUACUACAUUAGGGCCGCUGGAGGCUGAAGAGAACCCGGAUGAGGCGACGGGAGGCGAGGAGAUCCCCGACGACACACUGGUUCCCACUGAGGACGAGGACUUUGAGCUUCUGGACCAAAGUGAACUGGAGCAUUUGGAUGAGGGGCUGGACCUCGGCUCUGACAGACAUGUGGUGGGAGGAGCUUCAGAGACACCUCCAUCCUCUCAGCAUCAACCACAGUCAUAGCUUCCCGUCUCCUCCUCCUCCUCCUCCUCCUUUCUGCCCCCACCUCCUCUUGUUUUCGUUGUCAUUUGUAUGUUAGAGUUACAUUAUAUUCAUAAAUACUAUAUACAAACAUUUAUCAAAGAGUUUGGAGUUUAACACUGUUUGUUGGUCAAGAUGGUUCUCUGCUUUGACAUGUGACUAAGUUCUGUUUGCUGUUUCUCGUCCAGGAUCAUCAGCAGGACACAGCUUUGGUUAACAGGAAUCCCCCAUAAUAAUGCAGUAACAGGAGCGGUUACCGUGGCGUUAUCCCGCCUCGUCUCUCAAAGUAUCACGUUUAGUGAGAGCAGGUUGAAGUUCAAGUUCAUUCACACUUCUCGAGACGUCAUUAUUGUCAUGUGUGGCAAAGCGUUUAAUAACAGGUUCUUCUUGAUCAUCCUGCAUUGAGAUGCUCUGGAUACAUUUCUCAUGAGUGUUCUUCUCACGUCACAAUAAUGAUGCCUUUUAUUUUCUACGUUGGCGAAGAGAGUUCGAGGGGAUUUUGGUAUUUUUCACCUGGGCUUGAUUUUUACAAAGUUUGAGAUCUAAAUUAUAAGCGGAUUUACUAUUCGGUAAUGGAAUUUGUGAGGUUGUGAAACAUGAUAUCACAAACAGUCCUAAUAUGUGACGAUGGCGACUGCUAAGAUACUUUUUUCCUUUAAUUAAAAUCCUUUAUUUUUGCCCUGAAACAGCUACAACUACAAAAGCAGUCAUUAUUCCUCGAUGAAUAUGGGGAUCAUGUUUGUGUUUUUCAAGGUAGACACUGUUUGCAACUCCCAUGCAACUCUUUUCAAUAGAUUUUCUUUGAUGUAGCUGACAUACGCACCAAAACCUGCAAAAAGUAGAGCCCUGGCUUUAAAAUACUCAAAAUCCUCUGGGGUCAAUCCACCCUGUUUUUGUUCCGAAGCAGAAGUUUAUAUAGAUGUUGUUAUGAAGAGUUAAACUGUUGGGAUUAUAUAACUAGUAAUAUAUGUUAUAAGUUAUUUAAUUUAAAGUUCAGUCAGUGAAACUAUAUUUGAGCUGAGGGGAGUUAAAAAGCAAAAUUAAUCCAUUUAGUUUCCCAUUAUGACUGUAUGCUAAUUGUUUUAAUUAUGGAUGUGCAGGUUUGACAGUAGAAGUAUCCUCCAUGGUAUCCAAAGUCUAGAGUCACAGUUCAGGACAGAAGCGUUGGUGGUCUUUCACUUGUUGCCUGAAAACGGAAACUUGACAUUGUUGGAUGUCGACAAGUCGUAGAUCUUUACCCGGAAAACAAUUUCAGAGGCGACUUUGAUGCGGCAGGAUAGAAAGUUCCUCCCUUUGAUGCUUUGUUUUUUUUUUUCUGAUUUGUGGAUAGAAUUUCCUUUCAUUCAACCUUAACUCCAAAAGAGUUCAGAUGUUGUGUAAAAUGUUCGUAAACAGAUUAUAAUUCAUUUAAACCCCAUAUUUAGUUGAAAACGGUGCAAAGACAAUGUAUCAAAUUUGAUGCUUUAGAAAUGAGAAUGAGAAAACACUGAAAAAGUUGUUUAAUGCUCAAAAAAAGUUACAGCAAAAACAUCUUCCAACGCAUUUGGUUAAUUUGCUAAAAAAAAAAAAAAAACAUCUUUUGCAUCACCGAGUUAAAAACAGACAUGACUCUGCAGUGUAAGUUCACGCAUAUGUUCGAUAUGAAAAAUUACACUCGUUUUUUGCAGUUUUUUUGCCCCUGUCCAAAAUCUGACGAGCGUUUACAUUUUUUAUAAAGCAUUCAACAUUUUUUUACUUUGUCUUUGCACGAUUUUUUAAUUAAAAUAGAGUUUGACAGAUUUUCAAACCAUCAAAUCUGCCCUUAUAAACAUUGUAUACUGCGUCCUGACUCUUUAGGUAUCAGGGUUGUACACUCAUACCAAAUUAAAUGGAUUAUUAGGCAGCAGAUUUGUUGGAAAACAGGCUUGUUGUGAGACAUUACCAUCCAUUUGUAAAUGUACAGUCACCACCGGGACGUGUAAAUUUACAGAGUAACCUCAUUUGUGCCACGACAAGUCCACGCAUGUUACGCAUCACGCAUGUAUCUGCCAUGAUCAAUAUUUGAGGUCAGUUUUCAAGAGAGUUACUUUAACUGGAGCAGAUUUUUCUUCUCUUUUCGGGUGGUUUCCUGCAGGUGAUUAGUCUCAAACUUCUGUCAUGACUAAAUGAAAACUGUACUCGACUGUAACGCGGCCAUUUUUUGCUUCUUUUCAAACCACUCAGCAUCCAGAUCUCAGGGGUGGGUUGUACAAAUUUGAACAUAGCAUUGCAGAAUCUGUUUCCCCCCGACUUGUCGUAGUGCUUUGUAUUUGUACUAACCUUUCCUUUAUUUUUCAGUCAGUUCCUCCUUGUGUAUAGUGUAGAAAUGCAAAAAAAAGAGAAACAUGUAUAUUCUGCAUGUAAAAAACGGCACUCUGUUCAAGCUCUCCUUGUCGACUGACAAAGCUCUGCACAAUUUGUGAGAAAAUCUGUUUGAAUGUUUCCGGUUUCAAAAGCCCAUGACAUUCAGUUUGUGUAAUAUUCCAGAACCGAGCAGGAGAGGACUCGUUCUCUGAAGUGUCCUCUGUUUGAAAAGACUGUCAAAGAAACAGCUGACAGGUGAUGAUGACAUCUGAAGGAUAUUAACAAACUAGUCUGUGUCUGGUAGUUGUGUGAUAUACGCUUACAAAUAUUGCUUCUUGAACUAUAUAAAAAAAAGGCACUUACCGAACUGUACAAUUUUAAAAAAGGAAUAUAUUUUCUAAUUUCUCCUUUUUCCAUAAAGUACUCAGUUUGAUCUUUUACAUCUACAGAACUAUUACAAAGUUUGGAUGAGUUCUCAAAGCAGGAAAACGAUUCAAUGUCAUUAAACUGGUAAAUAAAACUGCAACUCCACUUGUGAAAGUAAGAGAAUAAAAGAACAAACUGAAACAAACUCCACAUUUAUCUGCAUUUUCUUUUCAACCAGAUUUAACUUAAUUUAUUUGAGUCUGUUUUGUUGAUAUGAAAUGAUCUUUUGCACUUUCUUCCUUUUAGUUGUCUUUCUUUUCCGCUCCCAGAUCUUUUUCCUAAGAGACAAAAACAACUCGGUAAGUACCUGACGGUGUCAAACAGCAAAGAAGCAAAAAACAUCAGACACUUGACAUACCUGCGUGAGUUCACUCGCAAAAAUCUGAAGUUUCUUCUUUAACUCGUCUCCGACAGUGACGUCGAACAACAUGGACCAUUUACCGUCUCUGAAUGUGACUGGAACUGAGAGGACGAUGCCUUCAGGGAGACCAUAGAAGCCUGAAGGAAAGCAAAGAAAAUCAAAUAUCAACACAAGUCAGGUGAAUAAAAUUAAGUAAAGUAAACCUGUUUUUCCACAUGAUGCACAUUUUUAAAACUUACUUCUAUAUAAGAUUAAAGGUUUUUGAAAGUGAUGGCACAAAAAAAUGUACAAUCUUAAUUUUUGCUAUCUUAAGGUCUUGAAUGUGCAAAAAUAAAAAUUAAAUUCACCAGAAAAAUAGUCUUAAAUUUAUUAGAGCAAUGUUAAUAAAGGUUUUAUAAAUAGCUACAAAAGCACUCAGAGAGCGCAGACCUCCGCCAAGCAGCUCAUGUCCCCCUUAAACGAGAAAUGCCCUGACCAGGAUUCAAACCCAGGACCUUCUGGUUGUGAGGCGACAGUGCUAACCACUACACCACUGUGCCACCCAUUGGUUAUCUUUCAGCAUUGCAAAUUCCAACGACACCCUUAUUUUUGUGUGUUCUGGAUCACAGUAUCCAGAAUUUUGUCUGGAUCACCACCAAAAUUUAAUGGGAUGAUGUGGUGCUUCUAGCUUCGUUGAGCAGUGACCUUAAGCUCUUGCUGGGGCGGUUCGCGGCCAAAUGUGAAGCGGCUGGGAUGCGAUUCAGCACCUCCAAGUCCGAGGCCAUGGUCCUCAGUUGGAAAAAGGUAGAUUGCCUUCUCCAGGUCGGAGGGGCGGUCCUGCCUCAAGUGGAGGAGUUCAAGUAUCUCGGGAUCUUGUUCACGAGUGGGGGUAGGACGGAGCGGGAGAUUGGCAGGCGGAUCGGAGCGGCGUCAGCAGUGAUGCGGACGCUUAACCGAUCAGUCGUGGUGAAGAAAGAGCUGAGCCAUAGGGCGAAACUCUUGAUUUACCGGUCGAUCUACGUGCCGAUCCUCACCUAUGGCUAUGAACUUUGGGUAAUGACCGAAAGAACAAGAUUGAGGAUACAAGCGUCCGAAAUGGGUUUCCUUCGCAGGGUGGCCAGACUCAGCCUUAGAGAUAGGGUAAGAAGCUCAGAGUAGAACCGCUGCUCCUCCACGUUGAGAGGAGUCAGCUGAGGUGGCUUGGCAUCUGGUUAGGAUGCCUUCUGGACACCUCCGGUUAAAGGUGUUCCAGACAUGUCCUACCUGGAGGAGACCUCGUGGCCGACCCAAGACCAGGUGGAGGGAUUAUAUCUCUCGCCUGGCCUGGGAGCGCCUGGGAAUCCCCCCAGAGGAGCUGGUGGAAGUGGCUGGGGUGAGGGCCGUCUGAGCUUCCCUCCUGAAGCUGCUGCCCCCGUGACCCAGACCCGGAUGAAGCAGAAGAAAACGACGACGACAUAGUGCUGACCCUGUGGCAGCAGUUCCAGACCUCGAUAAUACGUUCAUAAAAACACUCUUUUCAGUGAUGGUCUGGUUUGCUUUUUGUGGGUCAGUUUCUCCUUAGCCAGCCCCCCUGGUGUGAAAGUGCCUGUUAAAGCUCAGCUGUGUUUUUACCCGGACAGAGCACUCCCAAAGAGAAGACCUCAUCUGCUCUACAGUUCCCGUUCAGGGCCUUGAGGAUAGAGAGGAUCCCGUUGGCGUCCCCCAUGGCUGCUGCCCGGCAAGUUUUUGAAGCCACAGCUGUUCGAUGACGGCGCACCAAGUCCUGCAAGUCUGUUUCCACCCAUUUCCUGGAAGAAAUAAGGAGAUUAUUCUCUUUUUCUGGCAUAUUCCAGGAAGGGAUAUUUUUGAUCAGAGAGGUCGACGCUGCUGGGUCAGCUUAUUGUGCAAUCAACACUAAAGUCAGAGCAGGGCAGGGUUAAGCAGACGACGUGAGUGUCAAACUUUAUCAUAUUGUGUGAUGGGAUAAUGUCAGGAACAAAAUCAGACUGCUAGAGCUGCUUAUCUGGUUUUUGAAACAGAUGGAGCAGAAGGACUUUACUCCUGAACCAGGACUCUUUAACCACAGCAGCAGGUUAUUCAAACACGUGUCAAACACUGAGUAGAAGACAUGCAGAGCUUUGAAUACUAUUGAAUUUGUAGAAUAUUACACAAGGGGCUUUUGCUAUCUGGACAAAGAAAAUAUAAAAUAAAAAUACUGGGAUUAAAAAAGUUGUAUAUUUAAAGGGGCUUGAUGUGAGACUUGAAGUCAAACAACAAAAUUAUUUGUUGAGAUUUAGUGAGUUAGUAGAUCUCAGUAUGUUGCAGAUUAUUUAUGAAGCUCAUAAGAAAAUUUUACCAGUCAACAUCCAGAGCCGAUUUGUUUAUUUUUUAUUAUGUGUUUAGUUGAUUAAUAUCUUAUGAAAGAGGAGCAGACUGAGAUUUUCAGUAACCCUUUCUUUUAUAGUACACUUAUUACCAGGUAAUUAACAGGUAAUUACCUAGUAACAACAGGAGAUUAGCUGGUAAUUACAUGAAAUUAUCUGGUAAUUACAUAAUAACUACUGGAAGGUUACCUACCUGGUAGCUAGACAGUAUUGACUUAGUAGUUAUCAUGUAACUACCAGAUAAUUUCAUGUUGUUACUAGGUAAUUACCUGUUAAUUACCUGGUAAUAAGUGUACUGAUUUUUCUUCUUUCUGCUCCUUUUCAUUCACAUGUUUCUUGUUUGUGUUGAAUGUUUUAAAUAUUAACUGAAUGAAAUAAAGUUUGAAAGAAAGGAAAUUCUGUUUGGUAGCUGCCAGAGACCGGCAGCAUUUAGAGACAUUUACAUAUGCCCUUCUAGGCACUUUAAAAUCUAGAAUACGUGGUUAUCUAAGUAGAGAUCUACCAGUAAGGGUCUUCUAUCACCAGUACAGGUGUUGAUAUUUACAGAACUAGUAAGCUGUGGACGAUAUACAGUGCCAAGCAAUAUUUGAGCAGGAGUAUCUCGACUUAAUCUUUAUUUAAGGAGAUUUAAGGAAAUUUACUUUGUCCACCGCCUUGACAUUUAAGUAUCUCACUAAAAGCACACUGUAUUCAAUAAAAACAGCUCCAAUAAGAUGCCAUGAAUCAUACAUAUAGAUAUAAGUCUUCUUGGAUAUUUAAAUUGUGUAUGUUUUUUAUUCCAUCAAACCUUUCCUGGAGUAUCUUCAGCACUGGUUGUGAGAAGAAAGCUGGUCCUCUGAUCGCCCCAGCGUGAUUGAAAACUUUUGCCCUCUGCAGAUCAAUGUAGAAACUACCACUGAUGUUCCCCCACACGAGGACAUCAGUUACAUCUGCAACAAAGGGACAAGAAGAGCCUAUAAAUCAUAACUAAAAAGUGACCGUGCUGAAAUACAAACAGGACGAUUAAGUCUCCUACCUUUUGACUUUACUUUCAGCUUCUCCGCAAUGACCGACCUGGCUUUAUUCUCCAGCUGAGUUGCUACGGCGACAAACUGGCUGCUGUCGAUGGAGCAUGCCUUCUCCAAAAGGAGCGAGCAUCUCAAGUUGACGAACGAGUCACCCGACACAAUCACCUUCACCUCCUUGUUAGCCCACGUUUCUAUGAGCUGCCCAUACUCCCUGUACCUG